GCAGCAGUUGGAAAUCAGGUUCAGAGUCCAAACUGAGGAAGAAUGGGAUGGAGCCUCAGGAGAUAGGGCUCUCUGUGCUCUGUUAUCUCUCUACCUUGGAGGUUGGCCUGGGCUGAUCUCAUACUUCAGUCUUUAUUGUGCACAAACAAUUCCCAACAGAAUGCCUGAUGCAGCCAAUGAGUGAGAGUAUUGUGAACAAUGGACAUUCUAAUAAGGCCUCUCUGGAGAUCAUACCAACAAGGACUAGAUCUGUACUUUCUCUGGAUGCCUUUAUGGAUACCUGAAGAUCUUCUCUGCCUACCUGUUCCCUGCCCACUCUUAUGGAUGAGACACCCUCCUUGGAUACUAACUCUGUCAGUGGUAAUUAGUAUUUUCAAGUAAUGAACCAAAAAGAUCAUGUCUGAAGUGCAAGGAACAGUUGAGUUUUCUGUGGAGCUACAUAAAUUUUAUAAUGUGGAUCUCUUUCAGAGAGGGUAUUACCAGAUCCGAGUGACCUUGAAAGUUUCUUCAAGGAUCCCCCACAGACUGAGUGCUUCUAUCGUUGGACAGUCAGAGAGCAGCAGCCAACAUUCAGCCUGUGUCCAUGAGAGUGUUGUGCACAGUCGUGUCUUCCAGAUCUUAUACAGAAAUGAAGAAGUUUCUAUAAAUGAUGCCAUGCUUUUCCGGGUUCAUUUGCUCUUAGAUGGUGAGAGGGUAGAAGAUGCACUGAGUGAGGUCGAGUUUCAGCUCAAGGUGGACCUGCACUUUACAGAUAGUGAGCAGCAGCUGAGAGAUGUGACAGGGACACCGAUGAUCAGCAGUCGCACACUUGGCCUGCAUUUCCACCCCAGGAGGGGUCUGCACCACCAGGUCCCUGUCAUGUUCGACUACUUCCACCUGUCAGUGAUCUCAGUGGCCAUCCAUGCUGCAUUGGUGGCUCUACAGCAGCCCCUGAUCAGUUUCACUCGCCCAGGAAGAGGGUCCUGGUUAGGCAAAGGUGGCCCGGACACAGGACCAGAACAGACCACCAUUUCUCUGGAAAACUUGGUCUUUGGAGCUGGAUACUGCAAGCCGACUUCCUCAGAGGGAAGCUUCUAUGUUCCCUCAGAGAACUGCAUACAGCAUGCACACAAGUGGCACCGGGAUCUCUGUCUACUGCUCCUUCAUGCCUACCAGGGCCUCCGACUCUACUUCCUGGUCAUCAUGAGAGACAUUCCUGAGCUGCCCACCAUGGAGCUGGAGACCCUUGCUGUUGAAGAAACACUUUCUCAGCUGUGCUCAGAGUUACAGAUGCUGAACAACCCAGAGAAGAUAGCAGAGCAGAUCAGUAAGGAUCUUGCCUGGCUGGCUUCCCAUCUGAUGGCUCUGUGGACCCAAUUCCUGGACACAGUAACCCUGCACUCCCAAGUGACCACUUAUCUCACCCAGGAGCAUCACACUUUGAGGGUCCGAAGGUUUUCUGAAGCUUUCUUUUAUAUGGAGCACCAAAAACUUGCAGUCCUCACCUUUCAGGAAAACUUGAUACAGACUCACAGCCAGCUGUCUCUGGACAUCCGGAACUCAGAGUACCUCACCAGCAUGCCUCCAUUGCCUGCAGAGUGCCUGGACAUUGAUGGUGACUGGAACACCCUGCCUGUUAUCUUUGAGGACAGAUAUGUGGACUGCCCUGUCUCAGGACAUAACUUGAGUGUUUUUCCUAAUUUUGAUGUCCCAGUGACAAAUCCUGCAAUAAUGAAUCUAAAAGGGAAAGAAACAAAUCUUAUAAAUCAAAAGUCAUCUUCAAAAAUGGCCAUUCCCUUAUCUACUACAGAAGCACCCCAGCUGGGCUCUGAUGAAGAUGUUAUUAGGUGUCCAGAGAUAGAAGAGAAUGUCUCCACACGGAAUCCUAUGGAUGUGUGCUCAGAAUCUGAGGUGUACCUGACCAUUGGUGAAUUUCAAAACAGAGGAAGCAUGCCUGAAGAUGAAUCCUGGUCUGGCCCAAGGCCUGAUGCUAUAAAAGAUCCACUAACAGAUGUGGACAUAUGCAAAAGAAGUCCAUGCCCUGAGGAAGGGCAGACCCCAGCACUGACCUACAUUGAUGUGCAAUCAAGCAAUAAGAACUACUUUAGAGCUGACCCCUUGCAGGCUCUUAAUGUUCAGCAUGAACACAAGAGCUCUAGGGACAGCUAUGGUAUUGUUAAGACUAUGCCAAGCAAAGUUGUAGCAGGAACCAGCCAGAAUAAUUCCAUCUCUUUAAACCAAACAGCUGCUCUUGAGUUGAGGACUCUAGGGAGGGGAGUUGACCAGGAGGUAAAGCCUGUCCUGCUAAGCCUGAAGCUUACCCCUGCUGAACCUUGUGACCCACCAAGCAGUGUUCUGAGGGAAACUUUGGACACCAAGCCUUCCCUGUUUGAUCAUGCAGAAGAACCAGAAGAUCUUUCAGUGCUCUCUGGCGUUAUCAAGAGGUCAGCCUCCAUAAUAUCUGACUCAGGCAUUGAAAGUGAACCAAGCUCAGUUGCCUGGUCUGAGGCCCGAAGCAGAGCCCUGGAGUUGCCCAAUGAUCGUGAAAUUUUGCAUCAGGUGGUUCGAAGGCAUGCCCACCACAGGAACUCUUUGGAGGGUGGACACACAGAGAGUAACACCAGCCUUCCCAGUGGCAUUCAGGCUUCUCUUUCCUCCAUCAGCUCAUUGCCUUUUGAAGAAGAGGAGCGUGAGCUGGCACUUAACAAGCUAACCAAGUCUGUAUCCGCACCCCAGAUUAGCAGCCCUGAGGAUACUGCUGAAGGUACAGACACCAUAAAGAACACAGCAGGAUUUUCCGAAGAUCUGGACCUUUCUAGCAAAGACAACAGUUCACCCAGACACACUUCUUCGUAUAGAGAGUGUAGGGUCCAGGAUGAUAGGGCAGGACAUUCCCUUGCAGAUAUAGCUGUAGAUUCUGACAGAUCCCAGGGCCCUGGGUACAUGUACAUCCCCAAAAGCAAAGAGGAUCACCCUGAUCUUCAAGAACCCUGUUGUCUUGAUGGCAUAGCUGAGACCACACUACAUGUUGAAACCAAAGGUCUUAACUUAAAAAUACCAUGUACUAUAGUGCUUGAAAAUUCUAAGACCAGGUCUUUUCAGAGAUCAGCAGUGGAAACUGCAAAAGGUAAACCUAAAGAAUUGAGCAUGAGUAAACAUAUGCUCUCCAACAACAGCAUCUCAGAAGUCAGGGCUGCCUCUCACCACAAGGUGCCUGAAAUCAAUUGUGCACCAGCGGUUGAAGCUGUCAACCUGAAUUCUAUAGGUGUACAAAAUGGUUCAUUAAAUGUCAAUGAUACCAUGAUAUUGAAUAGAAGACAUAAUGCCUCUCUGGAGGCCAAACAUGAAGCAGGCACUGUGUGCCCCACUGUGACUCACACUAUUGCCUCCCAAGUGUCACGAAACCAAGAGCUGAAGACAGUAACUUCCAUCCCUGGGUCCCACUUGAACUCCUCAGAGGCCUUUACUCUGGAUAACCUGAAGGCAGUGGAAGUUGUUAACUUGUCUGUGUCUUGCACUGCCACCUGUCUCCCUUUUUCAUCUGUACCCAAGGAGACUCCUGUUAGGGCUGGACUCUCUUCCAAACAAAGCCCAGCUCCUAUUACUCAUCAGCCUUUGGGUUCCUUUGGUGUUGUUUCUGCCUACUCCAGCAAGCUGGAAGAAGAAGUCAGUGAAAGGAUGUUCAGUUUUUAUCAGGCCAAAGAAAAGUUUAAAAAAGAACUGAAGAUUGAAGGAUUUCUGUACAGUGACUUAUCUGUACUAGCUUCUGACAUACCGUAUUUCCCACCAGAGGAAGAGGAGGAAAACUUGGAAGAUGGGAUUCACCUGGUGGUCUGUGUCCAUGGCCUGGAUGGGAACAGUGCAGACCUCCGACUGGUGAAGACAUUCAUAGAACUGGGGCUCCCUGGGGGAAAAUUGGACUUCUUAAUGUCUGAAAAGAAUCAGACGGACACAUUUGCAGAUUUUGAUACCAUGACAGAUCGAUUGUUGGAUGAGAUUAUUCAACACAUCCAGUUGUACAACCUCUCCAUAUCCAGAAUUAGCUUCAUCGGCCAUUCUCUUGGCAACAUUAUCAUCAGAUCGGUCCUAACAAGGCCCCGGUUCCGGUAUUACCUCAACAAACUCCACACAUUCCUGUCAUUGUCUGGGCCUCACCUGGGGACUCUGUACAACAAUAGCACCCUGGUUAGUACUGGCUUGUGGCUCAUGCAGAAACUGAAGAAAUCUGGCUCCCUUUUGCAGUUGACUUUCAGGGAUAAUGCUGAUCUGCGCAAAUGUUUUCUUUACCAACUUAGCCAAAAAACAGGGCUGCAGUAUUUUAAAAACGUCGUUCUGGUUGCUUCUCCCCAAGACCGCUAUGUGCCAUUUCAUUCAGCCAGGAUCGAAAUGUGUAAAACAGCCCUCAAGGAUAGACACACGGGGCCAGUGUAUGCAGAAAUGAUCAACAACCUCCUGGGCCCUCUGGUAGAAGCCAAGGACUGCACUUUGAUCAGACAUAAUGUGUUCCAUGCUCUACCCAACACUGCCAACACCCUGAUUGGCCGUGCAGCUCAUAUAGCCGUGCUGGACUCAGAACUCUUCCUUGAGAAGUUUUUCUUGGUGGCAGGACUCAACUAUUUCAAGUAGUAGCCUCCAGGGAGCAGCCUGGUGGGGAAGACUGAGAGAAACUCUCCCUAGCAGAAGGAGGCAGGCAGUCCGAUGAAUGUAUUCAUGUGUGAAACUCCUGCUGAUGCACUUCCAAAGAAAUGCUGGAUUAGCCUUGAAUGCAAGAGCAAAAAAAAAAAAAAAAAAAAAAAAAAAAAAAAAAUCAAAACCAUUAACAUGGCCAGCUGCUGCUCCUCUCCUUAGAAGCAGAAAGGUAUCCUAAGGGAGGCAUGCUGGAUACAGAACCUCAGGGGAGCUCUAAGAAGGGUGCUGUUAUCCUUCAAUAGUGAUGUCUUUAUGCCUUAGGAAAAUAAAGGGCUAGGAAAGACCACAUUUGGAGAAACUGAUAGCAGAGACAAAAGUAAGAUCAGAAUGGAAAACAAAAGCCAGACUGAAGACCUGACUUAAAGUGUUAUUGGUAAGUGACUGAUGCAGCAGUUUUAAAAAUAACCAGGAUAUUUAAAAUGGUCCCUAAGUCUAUCCAUUAUGUAGGCUAAAACAUAGAAAGAGGAAAAUUUAGCUGUAUAGAAGCAAUGCAUGAACCAGGUCAGCAGAGAUGAUCACACCGGAGAUAAAGCCCAUAAUUUUUACAGAAGUCCCCUGCACUGUAUAGAAAGCUAGCUCAUUGAUCCCAUAAGAAGAAAGCCAUGGGAGCAUGAGUGCAUAUGAUAACCACAAACCCACAAACAUGCAGUAAAUUCAGACCAUGAGAAAUGUGUCCGGACUAGUAGUUUGUAGGACAGUGAACUUGUGAGUGGUGUUGAGAGGGAGCUGACAUCUGACCCUUAUAGUGAAUUCAGGGUUUCUCCAUGGAUCAUUUCUGCAUUUCUUUGUAUCCUGGUCUUAUUGCAUGCAUUUAUCAUUGGGCAUUCUCCUGAGAUCCCGAGUCAGGGUUUGGCAGAGACUCUACCUGGAUCUGACAUGUUGGCUUUGUUUUUUGGAGAACAGUUUUUUUCCUAGUCAUACAACCCAGGAUCUACUGACUCAGACAAGUGCUGCUUCUUGGAGCAGCAUGAUCAUACUGUAGCAAAUUCUUUUUUUGGCUAUGUGUGGAGCUCUGCCUGUCUGGUCUGAUAUGCCUGUUUCUUGUUGUGUUUCUAACCCUCAGCAGCAGCAUUUCUCCAUCCCUUGUCAUUUGAAAGACCACAUAGUAUUUAUGGAGCCAGAAUGAAUUUGAUGAUCAUUGUCUUUUCCAAUAAUCAGAUGCCAUUUUUAACUUCAAUAUGCUGUCUGGACAUAGUGAGAACUAAAGGCAAUAACUGUCCAGCUGCAUGGCACACCUCUUUUAGGUGUCCUACUGUCUUUGUAAGCCCUACCUGGCCUCUGAAAAUCCACUAUCAUCAUGUAGAAAGUGUACUCAUAUAUUGUAAAUAAGAGUGUCAAGUACUGAGUGUCAUGCCUCAUUUGAAAAGGCUUUUUUAUGUCUCUUUCUAUUAAAGACUAUAUAAUAUAAUAUAUAUCAAUAUACAUAAAUAAUAUAUGUAUACUGUAAACAUGAACAUUCUAUUAUUGGUUAUAAAAUGAUAAACAAAAUGCCUGCCAAGGUAAUGAUCUAGUAUGUUUCCAUCCUCUGUUUUAUUUUUGAGUUUUGUUUGUAUGAUUAGUAGUUUCCCCAACUAGUCAGAAAUAAAUACUACUAACCUUGAGAUUAUUUGGAAUUUGUUGCUCUUGAUACAAAUUCAGAGAAAGAGAUAGAAACCUGAAGAAGUCUGGAGUCAGUGACAGCAGAAAUCAGGUGCAAUGCUGAGAAGAUGGGAAAGGAUGAAAGGAAAAACCUCUCACAAACAUCUAUAAUUCCAUGACUUUGUGAGCAUCUAUCUAUGCCAGACAGAAGCUCACAGACAACAUAUGAAGUGUGGCUCUUCGGAACUCAAGAAGAACAUACUGUUUUAAUAUGAUCUUUUCAAGAAAAGCUAUGCUAGAACUAUGACCAGCAGCAGAGUGUUAUAAAAUUUUGAUCUCCAUUGUCUUGAUAAAAGCAAGCAGAUAACCUUGAAAGUGAGACUAUAGAGGAGACUAUUCAUUCAUCCACGUACCCAGAUAUCAUUGCAUUCUUUCACGAUGGCAUCCUUCAACUAAACACAUCUGUAUGAGGGUUAUCUCUGUACUGAGAUGCAUUGGCAAGUCUGGCAGCUCUUGGCUUAUCAAAAAACAGCAAAAAUUAAGGUUAGGGGCCCUACAGAUACUGGAGGGUUAUCGUAAGUGCCCAGAGGCAGGACUCUUCUUGCCUAUACCAGAAAGGUGCCUGCUUUUAGGAAUUCUUCACUGGGGACAUUUAAUGUUUGAGCCUUAAUAUGAAGGCUGAACCAAGUUUAGGUCUGGUGAAGGUCUGUUUGAGGUAAUCUCUAAUAAAGGGAAGAGAGUAACCAAAGAAAUUAAGGGACAGAAAGUGAUGUGUAUAAAGGCGAGUGGGCACAUUAAAGGCCAGAUGGAGAAUCUGAGCAAUUGUGACAAAAAAAGGUGUGAGAAUUUUCCAUUCAUGCAACAUUUUCUUCUCGUGUCAGGAGGAAGUCACCAUUACUUCUAUGUCAGGAGGGAGGGACUCUACUUGGAAAUGAGAUGCCCAGGUGGCAGACCUGCCCUUUUCUGUUAUCAUACCCCUCUCAUAUGUCUGUAUUAAAGACCCUUGACCACCCACCCAUGCCUUGGGCCGUGUUCUUCACACUACUCAUUACUGAGCUUUUCCUUUGGAGAUACAUAGCAGAAAUAUCUGCUGCAUUUCCUAAUGAUUAACCUGAGAAGAUGACAUCUGAUAAGGUAAGACAAAACAUGGAAUAGCUGCUUGAAAAAAAUAGAUUCUUUCUUUUAUUAAUUCUUUAAGAAUUUCAUACUGGCAUACAAUGAAAUAUGUCCAUAUUCCAUCCCCAAUCCCCCUUCACACUUAUCUCAAAUCAUCCUGUAGUUCAUCUCCUCCUAACCUCAUUAAAUACAGUUAAUAGUAGUACCCAUAUAUGCCUGGAUGUGCAGUCAUCCAUUGGAGCAUGGGAAACUCAUGAGUAGUCACACACUUAAAGAAGAAGAAAUCUCCAUUCCCUAAGAAGUUAGCAACUGCCAGUAGCUCUUUGGUAAGGAAUUGGGCCAAGAACUCAAUUUCUCCAUGUAAGUGGGAGGUUUGGUUGGCUUUAUAUUAUGUAGGUCUUGUGGAAAUGACCAUAAUUGAUGUGAAUACCUGAACAUGUUAUAUCCCAAAGGCAACAUUUCAUAACAUUUUUCCUAUUCCCCAGCUCUUAUAUUUUUGUUUCCCCACAUUUCUAAAAUGCCCCUUAAUCCUGAUCAGGGUGGAGUAUUAAUAUAGAUAUCCCAUUUUCCCUGGGCACUCUGACCAGUUACGUAUCUCUGCAAUAACUGCUGGCUACUGCAAAAAGAAGCUUCUAUGACCGAAGUUGAGAACAACCCCUGCCUAUGGGUAUAGACAUAAAUAUCUAGAAGACAAUUUUAAAAAAUAUGACCAUUUACUAAAAUAAGCAUGUAGAUUCUAUUCUAGUGCCCAUGACCUCUCCUGACAUCAGCCUCUGACUGGUGUUGCACGACUACACAUAGAAUUCCUUUCUGUGGAGAAGGUCCAGAACCUAGUCAUGCUGUUAUCAUGCAGUAUUGCAUGUUCAAAUAAUAUUGGGAGUGAAGUUAAGUAUUUAUUUAGUUAUUCUGUAGUUAAGGAUUGAACACUGAGCCUUCAUUCUUUUCUUUGGCUAUGGUACCUUUAAUCCAAGGUAAAUGGGAAAAGACAUUAAAAGUUAAAAAUAAAAUCAAAACUAGACUAUUGCUAAGUCCUGCCUAACCUUGUGAGAUUCUAUUAUAACAUCCUAUGUAAAACACCUACCUAACCAACAAGUUAGAUGACAUCGAAAAUAUUUUUCAUUAACCAAGAUGUUAUCACAAAUCAUUGUCAGUGAAAGCAGCUGGGGGAUAGUUGUGGUGUUCCAUUAUUGACAGAUCAUCUGUGUUGCUCUAUCUCUCUAUCUCCAGGUUGGCUUUUCUCCUUCUACUUAUAAUACCAUUCCUGAAACCAUGAUGUUUGUGCUUUUAGUCAUUCACAUCCCAAGCUAGCAGAUAUGUAUUCAUCCACAUAACAAGUCCUUUGACAAAGGGGCUUGAACCACCACUCAACGAUUCACAGAGGAGAUUUCCCUCUGCAUAAUAAAUCCAAGCCCCAAAAUAUUGUCAUUAGCUUUGUUUUUAUGGUCUUAUAAAUUAAUCCACUCGAGAUUUCCAUCACAUUAGUAUAUUUCUUUCACGUACCUCAGGGCAAGCACCAUGUGUAAUCCAUUCAUGAAAACCUGAGGCUCAACCCCUUGCUUGGAACAGAAUAGUGAGAGGAUAUGGGUAGCUUUCUGGAAUGUUUGGCUUGUAAAAGAUCAUUUGUUUUGAAAGCCCAUGCUUUUUCUUCAGUUUUUAAUUUCAGUCAGAACAACCAAACUUGAUGUAGGAAAAACUCAGUACUCCACAGGAACAGUAGCAUCAUGAUAGAAUUACAAUAGAGUUCUCUGUCAUAAGAAGAGUCUAUCUUCUUACUUAUUAAACACAUGUUGAAAAUGAGUAUUGAAAAGCAAUUUAGAAAUAAAUGAGACAGGAGAAAUGAAUCUGCAACAGAAAUUGCUAGGUUAGGAAUUUGGAGAUUUGAGGAAGUUUGGAAAUAUUUUGUAGCAAAAGGGUUACUGAGGGGGGCAAUUUGGUUGGAAUCAAAAAUGCGAUAUGUGACUUAAAAGUGAUUUAUAGGAUAGUGAGGGACAGUCCCAUGCCUGAAACAUUAGGCUUCAGUUUUUCUCAGUUGAUAUAUUCCAUCUUGAUUCCCAAGUGUUUCUACCCUGCACAUUUGUAGGUUGUUAAUUCAGUGUGUGAUUGAUUAGAUAUUCUAUAAUUUUUCUACUCAGGGCAUAUCAUCGGCCAUUACUAAAAGUUGAGGAAAGCUUGUAAUUUUGACAUAUCUGGAAAAUAAUUACAUCUAAGAGUAUUUGGAAACUGAGAUCUAUAAAUGUCAGUCUGAUUCCGUUAUACUGCUCCCAGCUGCAGAGAUAUUUUUAAAUAUCUUUUAGCUCAAGGCUAAAUUAUUACAUAUGGAAAACAAUUUUCUCAUUUUCAUAUCCCAAGAAUAAGGUAAUAAGGUGCAUAACACAUUCUCUUUCUCUCUCUAUAUAUAUUUAUAUACAUAUACAUAUACAUGUAUAUGUAUAUAUAUAUAUACACACAGGAAAAUUGCAUUAUUUUGCAUCUAAAAAGCAUUUCUCAUGUAGUCAUAAUCAUUUUCUACAUCUUGCUAAAAAGUCUAUGAGUUUUAUCAAUUAUUUCCCCAUAAUUCAUUCUCAAAUACAUUUCUCUCUCUUAGAAAUAUCAUUUAUUUGAUAGUUCCUUGGCUCUUUGCUAAAUGUAGUUAACUAUAGAAAGUAUUGGGAUUAUUAGGAUGCUUUCUUUAUUCUGGUGGGAGGAAACUAUGGCUACAAGAGUAGCCCAGGAUAGACUGAACUAAGAGUGCUGGGGGAAAAAAUGAGAUUUUAAUAUUCUGUAAUUCUAAUAUUGGACCAUACUCCUAAUCUUGGGCUUUAAGUGGCCUAUGUGGGUCUGCAUACUGAUGAAUGAUUAUCCAGGAGAUGUCACAGUGAUGUCAACUCUGCCUCUCAGGUAGGAUUGCAAUGCUUCCUUGCACAUAGUCAGCAUUCCUUAAUCAUUGUCAAGGUAUGAGGUUUUUAAGAGGUGAAUGGUCCAUGUUAAAAUCCUGUCUGUCCAGGAGCUCUUCCUGCCCAGAGGUAUAAUAGGUGGCCCCAAUGUAUAGUCUUUGAAUGCUGUAAAGACUUUAAGGGAUGCUUCUGCUUUUUUUCCCACUUAGCAGAUAAUUAUAGUUGUGCGAGCAAAUAAGAGGUACAUAAUGGCUUCCACAAGCAUGGCCAUGCUUAAACAAGGAACUACCUUGGACUAACAUUCAGUAAUAACAUAAGAUAAGGCUAUGAGGUUACUUAUUUUAACUUUUAUUUAAUUUUGCAAAUAUUACCUACUUUCAGAUGAUGAAGAAAGUUAAGGUAUUUUGUCAUGGUCUCAAAGAGGGGACUUGUAUGUAUAGCCUGAUGCCACUGUGAUUUCUAACUCAUAUUUACUCUGCUGAAAAGAAUAUAUACAACAGUCAUUUUCCUAAACAACCAUGCAAAUUGUCUGUGACAAAAAAAAAUCCUAGUCAUAACUCAAUCAUUCGUGCCAGUAAGUUUCACUAUUUUUCUACAUUUGCUUCUUGGUUGGCAUUUUGUGUGACAUGUGAUGUGUAUAAAUGAUAAUCAAAAUAACAAUAAACCUGUUUAAUUCUUUUACCAGAA